UAAAAAUAUAAUCCAAAAAAUUUCACUUUUUAUUAGUAAAAAUAUUAAUUUGUAUUUAUGAAUCAGCAAUAAGCUUAUCCAGAUUAAUAAGUUAAUGAGGUAAAUAAUACUCAUUAACAUGAAUAGGAACAUAGAUAAACAGCACAUUCAAUAACUGAGAAUAUGGUCGGAAAGUUAACUUUCAUGGGCAUUGCUGCUCUGGUAUUGUUUGGUUUUAGGUUAAAGGGAAUACCUUAAGAUGAUGUCCACUGCAUAGUAGAUGUAGUUCAUGAUUAUUUUAAUAAUUGGAAUAAAUAUGUUAAUGAAAAUACCUACUAUUCAAACCUACUAAUUGUCACUAAUUCUUUUAUGAUUGAUUGCAUAGCUUUAGGCACUUACUCAUAUUGGUUAAUAUGUGUUAGAAAUAUUCGCUUUAUGAUCAGUAUUAUAGUUUUUUAUUCAUUAAGAACUGUCCAUUUGCACAUGUUUCACAUGAGAUUUCCUAUGGGCUAUAACUGGAAUGAACCAACUAUAACCUCUCUUACAGUCCCAUAUGGAAGAACUUCUGAUUUUUUUUUCUCGGGGCAUUGCGGAUUUCUUACCUUAUGCUUUUUUGAAUUAAGGGCAUUAGGAUGGAAAAAAAUAUCUUGGAUAGCUAUGAUAACUAUGAUUUAUACAGCUUUUGUUUUAAUAGUUUUAAGAGUGCAUUAUACAAUAGAUAUAACAGCAGGAAUAAUAAUAGCUCAUUAUAUUCAUAUUUAAUCCUAACACUACUAUGUUAAAGUAGAAAAAGCUAUGUAUUCAUUUUAGAUUUAUAUAACCAAAUUAUUUUAGUGUAAAAGCUUUUAAUAGAAUCUAGAGGAGGAGUAACUAAUUUACUUAAAGUAAAUUUAGCUUCAAGAAAAAUCAGAAUAAUAAUGAAAACAAAAUAUUUACUCAUUCAUAUUUAAAAUUUUUAAAAUACAAAAAAUAAAUAACAAAUAUAAUUAAUUAAUAAUAAAUAAUAGUUCAAUUCAAGAAUUUAAUAUUAAAAUUGUAUAAAUAAAAUAAUUUAAUAUUAAUUAGUCUUUUUCUUUAUAUUAGUAGUAGUAGUAUCAGUAUA